AUGAACAGCGGUAAGGUAAAGGUGGAGAUAAGAAUUAAACCUUGUAGAGAUGAUAUCUCUGAGGUAAACCAAAAUAAGCUUUCUUUAGGAUCCAAGAUCUACGAAUUUGAUAGAAUAUGGGAUCAAUACUCUUUGCAGAGAGAUAUCUUUGAAGGAACUGUAGUGCCAAUGCUAGAUAGAUUUAUAGAAGGGUAUAAUUGUACCAUCUUAGCCUACGGUCAAACAGGAAGUGGUAAGACAUAUACCAUGGGGAUUUCUCUGGAAAAUUUAAUUUCUUAUUUGAGAAAUGAGAAUAGAGAGAACCAAGGAAUGGUAAUUCAAAGCCUGGAAUAUCUUUAUGGUAAUAUUGAGAAAGAUAAAGAGUUUGAGUUAUACUGUAGUUUUAUAGAGAUAUACAAUGAGGAAGUAAUAGAUAUACUCUCUGGUCUUAGAACGCCUCUAUCUCUAAGAGAGGUAAAUGGGGAGAUAGUUAUUUACGGUGUUAAAGAGUUUACCGUUGAAGAUAUCAAGGAGUGUAUAGCACUACUUAAAAAAGGGUGUCUAGAAAGAACUACUAAAUCUACAAAAAUGAACAUCUCAUCGUCGAGAUCUCAUGCCAUAUUUACAUUGAACCUUAAGAGAGUAGUGGGAGGACGAACCGUUCUUUCUAAGUUCAAUUUUGUUGAUUUAGCCGGGUCUGAGAGAAUUAAAAGAACUGAGGUUGUGGGAGAGAGAGUUAAAGAAUCCAUCUCUAUAAAUAGUGGGUUACUAUCACUGGGAAAUGUAAUCUCCUCGUUAUAUAAAAUGAACAACAAGAUGGGUAAAGAUAAGCAAUCAUUUCAUAUACCUUAUAGAGAUAGCAAGUUAACUAGAAUCCUACAAUCCUCUCUUGGUGGCAAUUCUAAUACUCUGAUGAUAGCCUGUAUUUCUGUGAGUGGGAAAGAUGUACCGGAAACACAUAAUACCUUAAAAUAUGCAAAUAGGGCUAUGAACAUUUGCAAUGAAAUGAAAAGAGGUGUUGAGGUUGAUAGCAAUAAUCUGAAGAAUCUUGAAUUGAAGAAGGAGAUUCAGAGAUUGAGACAGGAAAAUUUGUGUUUGAGGGAGAGAAUUAAAAAGCAAGAGCUAACAGAAAAUGAGGUUAGAAAGUAUGAGGAUAGAAUUUCCAGUUUAACAGAGGUAGUUGUAAACAAAAGAGAGUGUAAGAUAGAGAAGAUUGAUAACUUUAACAAGAGGGUUUAUGAAGAGAAGAUAAGAAAGCUUUAUGUAGAACUUGGGAAGGUUAGAGAAGAGAAGAAGGCAGUUGAAGAAGAACUCAAAAGAACAAGAGAGGUCCAGAGAAAAGUGAUCUCAGGGAAAGGAAGAGAAAAUGCAACUUUAAGGGAUGGUAUGGGAGGCGAGAGAGAUACUGAUGUAAAACACAAAAGAGUCGUAAGAUUUCUCUUGGAUGAUGAAAUAAAAGGGGAGUCUUUUAAAAGAAGAAGAUGUAUCGAAGGAGAUAUCUCUUCUCCCUGUAUGAACAAAUUUACGCAGUUUGAUACAUCAAUCAUAGAGGAUAACACAUCCUUUAAUAUACCACCAACUACAAUACACACCCCUUUACCUGCAUCUAAGGGAUGUGCCUUCCUAGAUUCUCCAAUUUUUCCAUCUUUAGAUUCUAAAACCACUUUAAAGGUAAGAGGUACUUUUCCAGGACAUAAAAAUGUGGUGAAUUCUGUUGGGGUGUUAGAUUCUAAGGUUUAUAGCAGUUCUAAUGAUUGUACAGUGAGAUAUUACGAUAUUUCAAGAGAGAAUAAUUCAAAUUUAUUGAUAAAUGAAGAUUCCAUUAUUAAAAAUGUUCAAUGCAAUGAGGUGGAUGGGUGUGUGUAUUAUACCCUAAAAGAUGUUGUGAAGCGGGUAGAUGUUAGAGGAAAUUUUAAGGAAAAUAGAAGUAUAAAGUUGAAUGGUAUUCUCUCUGUAAUCAGAAUAAGGGGAGAUCUGCUGUAUUGCGGAUAUGAGAAUGGGUCUGUCAGUAUAUACGAUACAAGAAACGAGAAAGACAUUUUGAGCAAGACAUUACAUAGAGGUACUGUUUUUACUUUGGAAUUAAUAGGAGAUACCCUCUACUCUGGAAGUAGAGAUCAUACCAUAGGAUAUAUCUCGCCUCAGGAGAGUGGCUUGCUAAAACCACCACACUACGAUUCUGUUCACCAGCUCAUAGAGCACAGAGGAGAUUUGAUUAGCGUGGGAAGAGAUUGUUCUAUGAAGAGAUGGAGUGGGGAUACCAAGAAAGUAGUUAAGACCCUUCCAUAUGCACACGAUUCUUGGAUUAAAGCUGGAUGCAAUUUCGAGGAGCACUUUUGUACAGGCGCAAGAGAUGGAUCUGUUAGGAUUUGGAGCUACUCUGGGGAAAGCGUUAGAUGUAUAGAUAAAGGAAAGAUACCAGCGGGUGUGAACUGUAUGGUAAGAGUUGGUAAGGGUGUGGUUAUUGGUUCACAAGACAGGAAUGUUUAUUACAUAGAGGGUGAGUGGUGA